UGCGCUGCAUUACACACAUUGCGAAGAAAGUGGACUUUCGAGACGAUGACAAGGUGACGGUAAAUUUUAUCACAAUCCAAGGUCCAGGGAUAGUUUAAAAUUAUACAUAUUUUAAAUAUUUUCGCACAUUAUGUGAAUUUAACGGUGACAUUGAAAUUUGAGGUUAUACACUUAUUUAUUUUCACGUUUUAAUUGGUUUGAUUGGAGUUAAGUGAACGAUUUAGUCUGGAGAAAUGGCGGAGAUGGGCCCUUUUCAAUAUUUUAUUUGUGGUGGUUUCGGCGGUAUUUGUACCGUGGUGGUUGGCCACCCCCUUGACACCAUUAAGGUUCGUUUACAAACCAUGCCUGUGCCUAAGCCUGGGGAAAAACCUUUAUAUUCAGGCACUCUAGAUUGUUUUAAGACUACUAUAAGGAAUGAAGGAGUUAGGGGGUUGUAUAAGGGUAUGGGGGCACCGUUAGUGGGGGUUGCACCCAUUUUUGCCAUUUCUUUUAUGGGUUAUGGACUAGGAAAACAAAUGUUUGGGCCAGGAGCCGGCAAACAAUAUAGUUAUUUAGAUUAUUUUGUGGCUGGUGCCUUCUCAGGAAUUUUUACAACCGUUGUUAUGGCUCCCGGAGAACGUAUUAAAUGUUUGUUACAAAUUCAACAAGGAUCGGCGGGACCGAAGCUCUACAAUGGGCCUGUAGACUGUGCUAAGAAAUUGUACAAAGAGGGAGGGAUCAGAAGUAUAUAUAGGGGCUCAGGGGCUACACUUCUUAGAGAUAUACCAGCUAGUGGGAUGUACUUCUUGACGUACGAGGCGAUUAAAGACUAUGUCACAGAUGGAGGUAAAAAUUCGCCGAGUAUUCUAGGGACGAUAUUCGCGGGAGGUGCCGCAGGGAUUGCGAAUUGGGCCGUUGGUAUGCCCCCGGAUGUUUUAAAAAGUCGCUUGCAGACAGCACCCGAAGGCACGUAUCCAAACGGCAUUCGUGACGUUUUCAGGACUCUUAUGAAGGUUGAAGGACCGGCGGCUUUGUAUAAAGGAAUCACUCCGGUGUUGUUAAGAGCUUUUCCGGCGAAUGCCGCUUGCUUUGUAGGAUUUGAAUUAUGCAAAACAUUUUUAACUUAUCUUUCUGGCGAAGCAAAUCCAGUGUGAGAUACGGAGCUGUUUUUAGACAUCGAUUUUAUACGCCAUUUUAUAAUCUAGUAGGUAAUUGAUGUUAGGGAAUACACUGACUGAAGAUAUUUUUUUAUAUAAUGUAUAUAUUUAUAGUAUAUUAAAUUACAUACAUACGC